UACGCCGUUCACAGCACAUUCUCUUUAUCUCUCUCUCUCUCUGCCUUUUUUUUCCAAAUUCUCUCAGCUCUCUCUCCCCGCUAAUAAAAGCUUCUUCGAAAUUAUUUUAAUAACAAAAACAACUUUGGAUUCGGCCAUCACCUUCCCUUUUACUCUCAAGCUGCUGCUUUUGUUUUUCCUCUACCUCCUUUGUUCAAACUCUCCCUCUUCCUCUGGGAUUAUUAUCAUCAGUUCACUGAAACCUUUUUAAUUAUUUGGGAAGCAGAUGACUUAUAAGAAUCUCCGGUAAAGAGAAAGCUUUUUGGUUGGUUUCCUUGUCCAGCAUCCAUGGCGGACUAGCCUAUUGCCUUUCCUCUGGCUCGCUCUUCUUUGUUGUUAUAAAAAAGAACAAUCCUUUAUUUGGGCAGAGGAAAUGUGGUUGCAGGACGCCCUUGUUUCACUGAGCUUCUUCUUCCUGGCCGCUUCAGUUACAAGUGCAGAAGACCCCACCUUCAACGACGACGUUUUGGGGCUCAUCGUUUUCAAGGCUGGCCUGGACGACCCCUUCUCCAAGCUCGCCUCUUGGAACUCGGAAGACUACGAUCCCUGCAGCUGGGUCGGGUGCGUCUGCGACCCUGCCACCAAUCAGGUCACGGAGCUCCGCCUUGACGGGUUUUCUCUCUCAGGGCACAUCGGGCGUGGCCUCCUCCGUCUCCAGUCCCUCCACACCUUAGUCCUCUCCAACAACAACCUCACCGGCGCCCUAAACUCGGAGCUCACUCACCGUGGGACCCUCCAGCUCCUCGAUUUCAGCGGCAAUAACCUGUCUGGUCGGAUCCCAGACGGGUUAUUCGAGCAAUGCGGGUCGUUGAGGUCAGUGUCACUGGGUAGAAACAGGCUGACGGGUCCUCUGCCGGUGUCCCUGAGCUACUGCUCUACCCUCACCCAUCUUAAUCUCUCCAGCAAUCAACUUUCUGGGAGGUUGCCCCGAGAGCUCUGGUUCCUCAAGAGCUUAAAGUCCCUCGAUUUAUCUCACAAUUUCCUCCAGGGUGACCUUCCUUCCGACAUUGGAGCUUGUUCUUCCUUGAGAUGGCUUGAUCUUAGUCAUAAUUACUUUUCCGGGAACCUUCCGGUUUCAAUGAAAAGCCUCGCGUCUUGCAGCUUGGUCCGACUGCGAGGAAACUCUCUGCUCGGAGAAAUCCCUGAUUGGAUCGGUGAAAUGGGCAGCCUUGAGACUCUGGAUCUCUCAGCCAACAACUUCUCCGGGAAUGCGCCCUUUUCUCUGGGAAACCUCCUCUCUCUCAAGGAACUCAACCUUUCCUCAAACUUUCUCGCUGGGGAGAUCCCACACAGUAUCAUCUCCAACUGCUCCAACUUACUCUCCUUUGACGCCAGCAAGAAUUCAUUCACCGGCUGGAUGCUCUUCACCGGGAACCUCUCCAGCCUUGGCUUUCUUCAAGGUCUUCGCCUUCUAGAUCUUUCCUCCAAUGCUUUUUCCGGUGAGAUACCUUCUAACAUUUGGAUCCUUACAAGUUUGUUGCACCUCAAUCUCUCCGCCAACUCUCUCUUCGGUUCCAUACCCACCUCCAUUGGAGGACUCAAACUCGUUGAGAUUCUUGAUCUGAGUAGUAACCUUCUCAAUGGAACACUUCCUUCUGAGAUCGGUGGAGCCGUCUCCCUUAAACAACUCAACCUUCAGAGAAACCACCUCACCGGCCACAUCCCGCCUCUCAUCUCAAACUGCUCUGCUUUGAACACAAUAGAUCUGUCGGAGAAUAAGCUAUCCGGUGGGAUUUCGGGGAGCAUUGGCAGUCUCAGCAACCUACAGUACAUAGACUUGUCGAGGAACAAUCUCUCUGGAAGUUUACCCAAACAAGUAGAGAAACUUACCCACCUGGUCACCUUCAACAUCUCUCACAACCGCAUCACUGGUGAGCUCCCAGCUGGAGGUUUCUUCAACACUAUCCCUCUCUCUGCCGUCACCGGAAACCCAUCCCUAUGUGGCUCCGUCGUUAACCGCUCAUGUCUCUCUGUCCACCCUAAACCCAUCGUCCUCAAUCCCAACUCCUCCAAUCCAGCCAGUGGUCCACCUCUCAGCGGUCAGAUCCGGAAGAGCGUUCUUAGCAUAUCCGCGCUCAUUGCCAUUGGUGCUGCUGCCUUCAUUGCCAUUGGGGUUGUGGCCGUUACUCUGCUCAAUGUGCACGCCCGAUCUAGCAUGUCCCGCCACGAUGCAGGAGCUGCUCUCGCGAUGUCAGUUGGCGAAACGUUCAGCUGCUCCCCGAGUAAAGAUCAAGAAUUCGGGAAGCUGGUGAUGUUCUCAGGGGAAGCGGAUGUGUUUGACACAAGAGGCGCAAAUGCAUUGCUCAACAAGGACUGCGAGCUGGGCCGUGGUGGGUUCGGAGUGGUCUACAAGACGAGUCUCCAGGAUGGGCGUCCUGUGGCAGUCAAGAAACUGACAGUCUCGGGUCUGAUAAAGUCGCAGGAGGAGUUCGAGAGAGAGAUGAGAAAACUCGGCAAGCUGAGGCACAGGAAUGUGGUUGAGAUCAAAGGCUACUACUGGACGCAGUCGCUGCAGCUUCUGAUCCAUGAGUUUGUCUCUGGGGGAAGCUUAUACAGACAUCUCCACGGGGACGAGUGCGUUUGCCUCACUUGGCGUCAACGCUUCAGCAUCAUUCUGGGGAUAGCGAGAGGUCUGGCUUAUCUGCACGGGAGCAACAUCACUCACUACAACCUGAAAGCAACGAACGUGCUCAUAGACGCAGCCACUGGGGAGGCUAAAGUCUCUGACUUUGGGCUGGCCAGGCUUUUGGCCUCCGCGCUGGACAGGUGUGUCUUGAGCGGAAAGGUACAGAGCGCCUUGGGGUACACAGCCCCGGAGUUUGCAUGCCGGACGGUAAAGAUAACAGAGAAGUGCGAUGUGUACGGGUUUGGGAUCUUGGUGCUGGAGGUGGUGACGGGGAAGAGGCCGGUGGAGUAUGCGGAGGACGACGUGAUGGUGCUGUGUGAGACGGUGAGAGAGGGGUUAGAGGAAGGGAGAGUGGAGGAAUGCGUUGACGCUAGGCUGAGAGGAGAUUUUCCGGCAGAGGAGGCAAUACCAGUGGUAAAACUAGGGUUGGUAUGUGGGUCCCAAGUGCCCUCGAAUAGGCCUGAGAUGGAGGAAGUGGUGAAGAUAUUAGAGCUCAUACAGUGUCCCUCUCAAGAGUUUGAGUAAGAUGGAACAAGUUCUUUAUUUCUUCUUCAGUUUUCAUCAUAUAUAAAAGUUCCAUCUUCGUCUUUUAUAAAAAGAAAGGUUUUGUUUUUUUAUGAGCUUAUCAUGCCAGCUGAGCUCAGUUCGAGGAAUCUCUCACACUCAUUGUAACCAAAAUAUUGAAGGUUGUUAUUGUUUCAUAAAGUAGAUCAAAAUGUUUGAGGUUUCUCUGUUUGUUAUGCCCUAUCUAUAUCAUUCCCACAUUUUAUUU